GAUGUUAAAGAAGUCACAGCGCCACCUGCAGGCAGGAAGUCUUCCUGAACACUGAUGAGGUGACAAGACCAGCGCUUUCACUGGACAGGAAUUUGCUUUUUUUUAUUCAUUAUUCAUCGUUUUAAACAGAGCAUGGCCCUUUUGGAAGUGAGUGGAUCCUCGUCUCAUUCCGGACUCGGCUCUCAGUUCGCCUCAAACCGGAUGCAGUUUGUUGAUCGACUGAGCCACUACAGCUUUGGGACAAAAUGUCAGGAAUUUGCUGUACCAGUUGGGGUUGAUCCGUCAGCCUUUCUGAAAUCAUGUAGUUGUGAUGAUGGGAUAUCAAUAGACUUGAACCACGGCACCACGACACUGGCUUUUAAGUUCCGCCAUGGCGUCAUUGUAGCCGUCGACUCCAGGGCCUCAGCUGGACGCUAUAUUGCUUCAAAGGAGGCGAAUAAGGUGAUCGAGAUCAACCCUUACCUGCUGGGCACCAUGUCUGGUAGUGCAGCAGACUGUCAGUAUUGGGAGAGGCUUCUGGCUAAGGAGUGCAGGCUUUACCAGCUCCGUAACAAACAGAGGAUCUCAGUGUCUGCAGCUUCUAAGCUGCUGUCCAACAUGAUGCUUGGUUAUAGAGGCAUGGGCCUGUCUAUGGGUAGCAUGAUCUGUGGCUGGGACAAGAAGGGUCCUGGUCUGUAUUAUGUCGAUGACAACGGAACACGUCUCUCAGGGAAGAUGUUUUCCACGGGCUGUGGGAACAGCUAUGCAUAUGGGGUGAUAGACAGUGGCUACCAUGAGGAUAUGACUGUGGAAGAGGCUUAUGAGCUUGGCCGCCGUGGUAUUGCUCACGCCACACACAGAGACGCCUACUCUGGUGGAGUUGUGAACCUCUAUCACAUGAAGGAGGACGGUUGGAUUAAGGUGUGCAAGGAGGACGUAUCAGAUCUAAUCCAUCAGUACAGGAAGGGAAUGUUCUGAACCCACAGAUUAUUUUAUACUCACACACUAAUACUGUAUCUGACACAAUUCAUUAAUGGAAAAUAAAGCUGGCUUUCAAACCAAACACUAAAUGA